CACGCAGCGCAACGCCACCUCAGAGAGUCUGGGUGUGGACGGCCCUGGCUCCUCCCUCAUGUCCAGCCACAGCGAGGAGCUGAAGAUUAUGAGCGUCUACGGUAAAGGGGAGGGCCCUUUGGCAACGGACGGCCAUGGCACCCUCUUCACCGCAUCAGAAGUGGAGGCCCUGAACUCGCUGUCUGCGGACCAAAGCGUGGCCACGAGCCUGGAGCGCGGCGAGCAGCUGGUGUGCCGCGAGGAGCUGAGUGUGCAGCAGACCCCAGACACCAUUUCAAUCAAGGUCGAAGAGGAUAUUGGUGGAGGCAUGCCCGCUGUAGAAGACAAUGACAUCAGAGACUGCAGCACGCAGCGCGGCGCCACCUCGGAGAGUCUGCGUGUGGACGCCCCUGGCUCCUCCCACAUGUCAAGUCACAGCGGGGAGCUGCGCAUCCUGAGCGUCUACGGACAAGGGGAGGGCCCACUGGCGGUGGACGGCCAUGACACCCUCUUUGCGGCGUCAGAACUGGAGGCCUUGAGCUCGCUGGCCGCUGACCACAGCGUGGCCAAGAGCCUGAACUGCAGCGUGAGGCUCGUCCGCCUUGAGGAGCUGACUGGGGAUCAGGGCGGCCACAAGGGCCGGCCCGGUGUCUUGUGUGGAAAGGUUAUUCCCAACGAUGCCAAUAUGAUCGUCCACAUGAGGACUCAAUCCGGCGAGAAGCCCUACAAGUGUGACCAAUGCCCGAAGUGCUUCAGUCUGAAAGGCAGCCUGAAGAUCCACAUGAGGACUCAAUCCGGCGAGAAGCCCUACAAGUGUGACCAAUGCACGAUGCGCUUCAGUCAGAAAUGCCCCCUGAAGAUCCACAUGAGGCGUCACUCCGGGGAGAAGCCCUACCAGUGUGACCACUGCAGUAAGCGCUUCAGUCGGAGAGAUGCCCUAAAGAUCCACAUGAGGACUCACUCCGGGGAGAAGCCCUACAAGUGUGACCAAUGCACGAAGCGCUUCAGUCAUGGCUGCCACCUGAAGAACCACCUGAGGACUCACACCGACGAGAAGCCCUACAAGUGUGACCAAUGCCCGAAGUGCUUCAGUCAGAAAGCCCACCUGAAGAUCCACAUGAGGAGGACUCACUCUGGGGAGAAGCCCUACAAGUGUGACCAAUGCACGAAGCGCUUCAGUCAGACAAGCCACCUGAAGAUCCACCUGAGGGCUCACUCUGGGGAGAAGCCCUACAGGUGUGACCAAUGCACGAAGUGCUUCAGUGAGAAAGGCACCCUGAAUAAACACAUGAGGAGUCACUCCUGGGAGAAGCCCUACAAGUGUGACCAAUGCACGAAGUGCUUCAGUCUGAAAGACCCCCUGAACGUCCACAUGAGGACUCACUCCGGGGAGAAGCCCUACAGGUGUGACCAAUGCACGAAGCGCUUCAGUCAGAUAGGCGCCCUGAAGAUCCACAAGAGGACUCACUCCGGUUAGAGGCCCUGCCUGUUAGUGCAGUGCAACGCCAGCUACAGCGACCCAAGCAAUUUGAGUGUGCACAUGCUCAAGCACACGGGCAAUGGGGUGCUUUCACACAGGGUAACGGGGCGCUUUGAUUGAGACCUCUGUCCGGUAUUUGUCGAAAUUACUGCUUUUAGUUUUUCUUUUCAUCAGGAUUAAACACUUUCCAUCUUUUGAUUCGCUUUGUUUUGCUUUGUUUUAAUUUUAGUAAUUCAUGUCUGUGUGAUAAAGAACUUAUUUCUCUGACUCUUCUAACAGAAAAAUAUUGGGAAACGUUCACAUCGUUGGUAAAUAAGGAAACUUGUGAGGGGAGUAUACCACCAACCUCGCUGUACAAACCCAGGCUUUCUUGGGAAAACCUGGUUCGACAGAGACGCAACACGCAGUCAGAGUUAAAUGGUUCCUGAUACUCACUUUAGAUUAAAUUAGUCUAACCAGGUUUUCCGCUUUAGGUUCAAUGCGCGUUCACAUGAAAGGUGUGUUUAUCACGUCAUUUGACUCCCCCUUAUGCAAAGUGAAUCGUGCGUGCGUGGUGUAUUAUUAUGAAUUCCUACGAGGAAUUCAAAGUCCAAAUCACAGCCAAGGGGAACACGGUUGUCCAUAAUAUGGCUAGGGUGGCGUGCUGGCAAAAAAUAGCCGUCCGUGUUUAUUCGUAAGUGAAAAGAUUCUGCAUAUUGUCUAAAAAAUAUCAUGUAUCAUCAUGCCUUUUACCCCCAUAGAUAUGGUGCCAGCACGCUCCUACGAACAUGGGGCCAAGUCAAAAAUAAAUAUUAAAAUAAUAUUCAACGUGCAAAUAAAAAUAAAACCAAUAAUACGACUGGGAGGGGGACCGCUCCACCGCCCUUCACCACUUCGGAGGAGCUGGCUCUCGCCAAUAAUGAAGGUCGGCCGAUGAUGGUAGGAGUGGAAGGGGGAGUGUCCUCUGACCCCACUGCCUCGACUUCCAAGGCCUUUGUAAUGAGUAUGUAUUCAUGUAUUGGCAAUGGACAUCAAUAAUUGUCUUUCUAAUCAAAUGUGAAAUGAUUGAGUGUAAAUUAAUAGUCAUUUUUAGUUGAAGGUACAAACAUUAGUUUGGAGGAGCUGCCGACAAUCAAUCUCCAAUCAGAGGUAUAUAACUAUCAAAGCAAAGUGUCAUGUAUUCUUCUAAAUGCUUAAUUUCUGGACAGAAUGUCCUAUAAUAGGUUUCCCUGAUUCUUGCAGGAGACUGUCGGCCUGUUACUCCAGGGCGACUAUGGAGGUGAUUUUUCUGAACAAUUCUCACAGCUAUAGCAUGAAUUUGUAGAAUAAAAAAUGCCUAGGCCUAAUUGUGUCACACACAUUGCGGUUAUGUGUAUGAGGCUGAUGGUGGAUGCUCCUGAAGGUGGAUGCUGCUG